AUGUUUGCAGAGGUCAAAGUUUAUUGUGUACCUACUCCCACACACACUGUGCAGAGGGAGUCUCAAGAGGAGGCUGGGCCUAACUUCUUCUUUGACCAGAGAGCUCUUGAUUCCGCUCAUCGCAAACAGAAGAGACAACAGGACAGAGGACCCCCUGCAAAGAGACGACCCCCUCCCCAGCCCAGGGGGCCGUGCUGGUUCUGUCUGGGGGGCAAGGAGGUGGAGAAACAUCUCGUGGUCUCCAUCGGAGAUCAUACGUACCUGGCUUUAUCCAAGGGUGGGAUGGUACCAGAGCAUGUGCUGGUCCUACCCAUCGGUCACUAUGCAGCCUCCACUGACGCACCACCAGAGGUUUUGGAGGAGCUUGGAAAGUUUAAGAGUGCUCUGAGGAAGUACUUCAACAGCAAAGAUCAGUCGUGUGUCAUCUUUGAGAGAAACUACCACCAAUCACAGCAUCUUCAACUACAGGUUAUUCCAGUGACCAAGAUUCCAUCUGAUGCUCUGAGACAAGCCUUCAUAGAUUAUGGGUGGAGUAUGGGGGUGUGGCUUGAGACUAUGCCCAGGGAAACACCACCCUCAGAGCUUGCGUACACUGGUGUCCCAUACUUCCUGGCAGAGUUUGAUGAUGGGGGAAAUGUGUUCACAAGACCGUACGGACGUUUCUCUCUCCAAUUUGGAAGGGAGGUGUUGGCUGCUCCUCUUGUUCUGAAUCUGCCCAAUCGGAUCAACUGGAAGUCAUGUCUGGCAACAAAGGACGAGGAGACGAAAGCUGCUCUAGAAAUGAGGAAGAACUUUGAACCAUAAUUAUUAUUUUGAUUUCACAUGCAACUGACAACGAUGAUUAAUUUCUUUAUUUUCACUUUUACUUUUGUAUAAUUGACAUUUUGUGUAUUAGCUAGUUGUCCAAUAAUAAUUAUGGUUGGCCAUAUAUAUUAUAUAGUUAUAGGAGUGCAGAUCAAUAUCAGUGGGCAAUUAUUUUCCUUGUCCCAA